UCCGCUCUCCCCAACCAGCUCGGCGGCGGGGCUUCCGGUCGGGCGGGUCCGCCCGCUCUCUCGCCCUUUGCCGGGUCCAGACACCGGUACGUCCGGGCGGGUUUUUAGUCUCCCAAGCGAGAGCGUCGCAUUCACCCCCGUGGGUCUGCGGGCGCCCCAGACCCCAGAGGACCCGGCCCCCAACGCUUACCUGUCCCCCGCUCCUGUCCGUCCCCCAUUCCAGUCCCGCCCCUCCCCGCGCCUCGCCUCGCGCGCACCGCCCACCCGCCCCGUUUCUCUGGGAACCGCUCCUUCCGCUCCGCCCGCCUGGAGUCCUGGCCUGAUUCCGCGGCGUCCUUCCACAGCCCCUCGUUGUUGCAUCCUCCUUGUGGUUCCGUUGCAAACAUUUUUAAAGGGCUGGUUAUUCUUCGUGAAAUGAGUUUGGUGAUUAGAAAUCUGCAGCGAGUCAUCCCCAUCAGGAGAGCGCCACUUCGCAGUAAGAUCGAGAUUGUAAGGAGGAUUUUAGGAGUGCAGAAAUUUGACGUGGGGAUCAUCUGUGUUGACAACGAGAAUAUUCAGCACAUUAAUAGAAUCUACAGAGAUAGAAAUGUCCCAACCGAUGUGCUUUCUUUUCCAUUUCAUGAGCAUCUGAAAGCAGGUGAAUUUCCCCAGCCUGAUUUUCCAGAUGACUACAAUUUGGGAGACAUUUUCCUAGGAGUGGAGUAUAUCUUCCAUCAGUGUAAAGAAAAUGAAGAUUACAAUGACGUCCUGACGGUGACGGCCACCCACGGACUCUGUCACUUGCUGGGCUUCACACACGGCUCGGAGGCAGAGUGGCAGCAGAUGUUCCAGAAGGAGAAGGCGGUGCUGGACGAGCUGGGCCGACGCACGGGGACCUGGCUGCAGCCCCUGACCCGGGGCCUCUUCGGAGGGAGCUGAGGGUCGCGUUCCUUCUGAAAGCGGGACGGGGGAGGGGUGGAGGCUGCGGGGAGCGGGGGUCGCACACAAAUAAAUAACGAAUGAAUGUA